AUGUGCGCUCUUCCCAGCGAUCCGCAGCGUUUGCACCUUGGAGGUAGUCGGAUUAUGCACGUAAUGCUUAGGAGUUCGGUUAGAGGGGUUAAGACGUUAUAUACACCAGUUUACAAUGCACAAGAUGCUGCUACACGUGAUGGCUUGCUUUACCACCUCCGAUUGCUGGACAAGGUACUAAACAAUAGUAGUCACAGCAGAACUUUGCUCUUUGAGUCCAAAUACAAGAGAUUGCCCACAUUUGUUACGUCUCGCGAUACCACGAGGCUGGAUAAGAUCACCAAGGAGCUUAUGACUGAUCUACAAAAAGAUCAGAUCUUGAAUCAUACGUUGCAACUGGACCCGCGCCAAAAACUUGGCAAGAUUGGUCUCGAGCUAUUUCUGGAUUGCGCCGAGGGAGAACUGAGUCCCACAGGCACCACCCUAGCGCUUGCGCUGCUGCAGGCGUACAAUCGGUUCCCAUCCCGGGAAACACUUACGGAUAUUACCGGCACACUAGACGAGGCACGGCGCAUCCUGGCAGAACAAAAGGUCAUAUUGAGUAGCCCUGCCGAUAUAGAGGCGCUGGUUGAUCAGCUAGCUUUCGAUCGUGAUGAUGGCGUGACGGCCAAGCGUGUAUUGAAGGCAUUAGACUACAAAUUACAUUCCGACGACAUUGUGCGUGUCGUGCGCGGCAACACUAUGAGUGACGAGAUUGAAAAAUCCGAGGGCUGGAAGUACCCCUGUGGCGUGUGGGACCGGAGCGAAGCCUACCUCCGUUCGCUCGAGUUGCCCACCAGAAAGCUGGUCUCCAUCAACCAGCCCUGCAUGGUGCUCGUCUAUGACGGCACCCUCCGCGAGCCAUCCUCUAUUCUUCCUACCUUACAUUACGCCGCGCAUCUAGGCCGUCCGCUUCUUCUAUUCGUGACAGGAGAGGUUCUAGGCGACGCUCUCUCCUAUAUCACCAUCCACAAUAACAAGCACCGUCGCAAGGACAACCCCGCGGCUGCCGUAAUCCUAAAGUACUCAGCAGCAGAUCACCUUGGUCUCACCAUUCAGGAGAACCACUCUCUGCUUGAGUUUUUAGGGCUGCCGCAUGGUGUGGGAAGCAUCUAUUCUCCGGCAUUUAGCGCUCAGCUGCCCAGCCGCCACACCGCUGCAGACUACUACGGCUCUGUUGCUUCCCUUAAAGCUACUACCGGAGAAUCUUUUCUACACAACCCUGGAGUCCGCAGUAUAUCGGACCCCGCUCUACGCACUACUUUGACGGUGCGCGUGGGUGCACCGUCAGAACUGGAAAUCGAUCAGCGGCGAGCAGCGCUAGACACGCUACUCAACGUGCAACUUUGCCACGGUCUGGCCAGCGGCUUUGUCCCGGCUCACGGCGUUGCACUUGCCAAGGCUGCGGCACUACUGAACCCCUCUCCCAACCGCCCUGGGGCCUGUGCGGCACGCGAUGCACUGCUGCUACCGCUUGACCAGGCCUCGCGAGCACUCUUGCCUAGCGCCACCCUAGCGCCGAGGGCCGUUGCAGACACGGUGACUGACCCGGAUUUUUUCUCCGCCUAUCUACCCGCCCGCACUGACGUACGGGCCAACGGCUUUCUCGAGCCUUGGCGCGCACUGGAUCGGACACUUACUCACGUGACCUCGUUUGUCACAGCCGCAGCUUCUUGUUCACGUCUGGUUGCACGCGUGCUAGACAGGCCCCCAAAACAGGCUGGAACCUCCUCUACGUAG